AUGGGAUUCGAGAGUUCGUCUGUGAGAUUUCAGAUCAAACAGAUGAAAACUCGUGGAGAUAUCGUAUUUUUACGUUUUAGUUCGGUUAGGCGUUUCUAUGUUUUUGAUGAAAGUGAUGAAAAAAUCAUG